AUGCCCUGCAAAGCAAAGAUGGCCUCUGUACAGGUGCAACGGAAGGUUGGAAACCAAGACGACGGCCUCCAUGGCGCCGAGCAGGAGGCGGUGCGCGCCACGGGGAGAGGCAAGAGCAAGGCGUCGGCGCGGAAGGUAACCUACGGCUUCCACCUGGUGGAGGGCAAGAUGCCGCACGGCAUGGAGGACCGCCACGUGGCCGAGUUCCGGCGCCUGGACGACGGCAACGAGGUGGGCCUCUUCGGCGUCUUCGACGGCCACUCGGGCGCCGACGUCGCCACCUACCUCCGGAACCACCUCUUCGACAACAUCCUCGGCGAGCCAGACUUCUGGGAGGACACCAUGGGGGCGAUACGGCGCGCCUACCACCGCACCGACAGGAAGGUGCUCAAGAAGAAGAAGGUGACCGCCGACGGCGAGGAGAUAGUAAGGCCACGCCGCGGCGGGUCCACGGCGGUGACGGUCAUCCUCCUCAACGGGGAGACCCUGGUGGUGGCAAACGUGGGGGACUCCCGCGCCGUCGUGUGCGAGAGCGGCAGGGCGAGGCAGCUCUCCGUGGACCACGAGCCGCUUCGGGAGCGCGACGCCAUCGAGAGCAGGGGAGGCUUCGUUACCGAGAUGCAUGGGGACGUGCCUCGCGUGGACGCGUCGCUGGCGAUGUCGCGGGCGUUCGGUGACCGGAAACUCAAGGAGCACAUCAGCUCCGACCCGGACGUGGCCAUCGAGCACGUCGGGGACGAUACGGAGUUCGUCGUCGUCGCCAGCGACGGGCUCUGGAAGGUGAUGUCCAACCAGGAGGUGGUGGACGAGGUGAGGAGCACGCGCGACGCCCGGAAGGCGGCGGUGAAGCUCGUGGAUGCGGCUGUGGACCGGGGUAGCAAGGACGACAUCGCUUGCGUUGUCGUGCGCAUCCAUUGA